CAGUGGGGACGAUGGCUGUGGAAAGGACGACAGAGCCGCAGGUUGGUAGCGGAAGAGAAGAAGUUUGAGUGGUGCGUCGCGACGCUUUAUCGGAUGGUGGAUGGUCAUUGGCAAGCGCGUCGUGAGUUAAGUUCUUCUUCGUGGUCGGUGGCGCGAGACCGCGGCAGUGGCAGUGCGUCCGCCGCCACAGCCGCACGCUGUUGACGCUCGUUCCGCCGCGCGCCGUCUAUCGGCCGCCCGUCAUGCCGCCGAUGCCGACACGACAGUGACAGUGACAGUGACGCACUAUGUCCCAGUCAUGGUGAAGGCGCUACUGCUGGGCCUACUGCUGUUUGCCGCCCUCGCACGAGCCGCCCCUUCCUCAAAACCACCCCCGGAGGGGGUGGAGGACCCCGCCGCCCGCAGCGAGCGCUCCGCUAACUUAUCUCACGUUACCGGCACCGCCAGGAAGAUUAAGAUGUUCAUCAAAAAUCGACACCUUCAGCUUUUGCCGGGCGGCACUGUCAACGGAACCACCGAUGACACCAGCCCCUACACAAUAUUGCAGAGGACAACAAUUGGUAUCGGGCAAAUGAAAAUUCAAGGAGUCGCUACAUGUCAGUAUUUAUGUAUGGAUGAGUGUGGAUUGCUAUACGGUGCGAUUGAGUUUGGAGAGGAAUGCAUCUUCAACGAGACGAUUGAAGCGACAAAUUACAAUAAGUACUCGUCAAGUAAAUACUCCAACGAGCGACGGACUUUUUAUUUAGCGCUUAAUAGACGCGGUCAACCGCGGAAAGUGAUGAUUAAAGCUCGUCAACAAUUGGGCAAACUUUCUUCCUAUACACGUGUUCUUACGCGCAGUGUAACGUUGGAGCAGCAUCAGCUGCGCCACCACCAUCAGUGUCCGCCGGUUGCGGCACAUCCUCCACAGCCAACGGAUCCUCCGCGGUGUCGUAAGAAAAAAAAGAAAAAGAAGAAAAAACGAAAAAAUAGUGAAAACGAAUCCGAACUCGAACCAAAAAAACACAGCACAAGUGCGAAUCCAGUCGGUCGGGUAAAGUGCGAUAACGCUACCGGUGAAAUCCAUAGCAACGUUAAUUCGAACGCUACCAGCACCGAUAAUGCGGAUGUGCCUCGUGAGCGUCUAGAGUGCCAAAGAGACUUUAUCUCGGUUAAGCCAGAAACGAACGUUGAUAGUGCAAAACCGUUAGUAGCCGCUAAGAAAAAUAAAAAUAAUAAAAAGAAAAAGAAGAUUAACAAUAAGCAGAGGAAAAGACUGGACCAGGUGGAUUUAGCCCAAGAGAAUACAACAACAGUAGCUCCUACUACAACGUCCCCUGAUGACAUUUUCAAUGACGAAGAUUAUCCACUGGAAACCUCAACUCAUAUGGAUUGGGAAGAAUCUACAGGAUUACCCGAUAUUUCCAAAAAUUCAGCCGAAAUUGACAAUGUCCAAUCAAAUUCUGACUGACUAUUUUAUCCGCACUCAUUUUGUUUCAUUAUCCAUCGUUUAAUUUAUUUCCCUUAUUUAUUGUAUGUAUUUUGUAAAUAGGUAUUUUUUAAGUAAAUAUACCUCACCAUGUAUUAGAAGCUUUCCACAAAACCCUAAAACUUUGGAAAAUAAUACUAAUAAUAAUAAGCUAUUAUUUCAAAGGUUAUUUUUAUUUGAAACGAUUCAGUCAAUUAACGCGGAUUAAAUUUGAAAAUAUAAUAUAAAAUAAACAUCAUUUUGAUAUAAAAACUCAAAAUUUCUAUGUGGUCUGACAUUUACUAUCAAUUAAUUAUUAUUAAAGGCCAAUUUAUUAGUUUUCUAUGAAUUGAAUGACAAUUAAACAAUGAAAUAUCUUACUUAUUUUAUGCGACAAGAAAAUAAGUCAAGAUAAGCAUAUUUUAGGGGUUAAAGUUGAAAGCGUUAUUAGACAAUAAAUUAUUUCUUAUUUAUGUAUUUAUGGCCCAGAUUAAUUUUCUAAAUACCUUCAUUUAUAUUUCUAUUUUAUGUUAUAUUUUUGCAAGUAUUAUUUUUUAAAUUAAUAUUUCACAUUAUUUGUAAAAAUAAAUUGCGUUUGGCACCUGAGAAUCUCAUAGAAAAUUACAAAUUAUUUGUCAAAUUUUACUGUAUUUAACAUUUGUUUUCAUUCUCCUCUGUCUGUAGGUACUGAAACAAAAAAGAAAAAAUAUAUGCUGUGACAUUUUCUUCUGGAUAUAAUAAUAAUUAUAUUAUACGCUUAGGACCAGAUCUUUUUUUUUGUAUUCUGUAAAGAUAUUUAUAAGUAAAGACUAUACAAAUAAUUUUCGAGCUGACAAAAUUAUUUUAGUGGAUGUACUUUUUUUAAAAUUCUUGCUCUGUUUUCAGAAAUCGAUUUAAUAAAAUUGUAUAGAUUUACGAAAAGUUUCACAAAUUUAGGAUUUACCAAAAAUUGCUUAAAGGUAAAAUGGCGGUAGUAAAAUUGAAUAGAAUCACUCUUGUAGGCAAUACUUACCACUAUCAGUCAGUAUUAUAUAAAAUUAGUUUAUUGUAAAAAGUCAAUAAAUAAAAUUAGGAAAAAUAA